GCCGCCUGCGCUGAUAACACGAUGCCACGCCGGACCGCGCGCGCGCUUUGUACGCUCCGUAAGCUCGCACAUUACCGCUUAAAGCUCGCGCGUACGUAAGCUAUGGAAUGGAUAUUUUGAGUGCUGUGACAUUAAGAAUUAACUGUUUGACAAUAUUUUUUUACUUUGUGUGUUAAAGACGUUUUUUUUUAAGUGUUUAUAAGAAAGUGAAAACGAUACUGUGCUAAUUAAAAUUUAAGGAUUUUUCAUGGAACUUGGAAAAUUUUGAAGUGCGAUCCGUUGAAUGACACUAUAAAGUUGAAAAGAGAUCCGGGCAGUUUUUUUUAUUCUUCUAAUUUAGCAGUGCAACAACAACGCCGCCAAGCUGUCUACCGCAAAUGAGAUUAUACCCAGUCACCACGUCCAAGCGCUAAUAGGUAAUUUUGAAGCCCAAUUCCACUGAGGUUUUCCGAUGGCGAUUAGGUCGGUGGCGCACGAGCCCGAUGAGCGCGUGCGCGGCGGCCGCCAUGCGUGAAAAGCACGCGGCGCCGCGCCGCCUCGCCUCCCCCCCGCUCUCGCCGCGCCGCCCCAGCCCCCUCGGCUCCCCGCGCGCGGACGAGCCCCUCGACCUGCGCGUCACCCACAAGCGCCCCCAGCGCCUCGAAGAUGAAAACUGCAACCUCAUCAUCCCCUCGCCACCGCCUCACCCGACGCACCCAGCUCACCCCGCUCACCCAGCACUUCUUCAGUUCUGUAGACGAUUGCCUCUCGCCUUACCAGCAUCGUUCGGGCGAUACCCGUUCCUCCCCGCAGCCGCUGCCACACUCCUCGCUCCGGGAGCCCCUCGACCGCCGCCCAUACCCCCCAACCCUGGCGCCCCGCGCGCUAGAGACCGAUACACCUGCUCGUACUGCGGCAAAGCGUUCCCCCGAAGCGCAAACCUGACCCGACAUCUGCGGACGCACACGGGUGAACAACCCUACCGCUGUAAAUACUGCGAGAGAUCCUUCUCGAUAUCCUCGAAUCUUCAGCGGCACGUGCGGAACAUCCAUAAUAAGGAGAGGCCUUUUCGGUGUCGUCACUGCGACCGCUGCUUCGGGCAGCAGACUAAUUUGGACAGGCACCUGAAGAAGCACGAGGCGGAGAACGGCGACGAUGGCCGCCGACGGUCGCCGGACGAGACGUACUUCGAGGAGAUCAGGUCGUUUAUGGGGCGGGUGGCGCCGGCAGCCCGCCGCGCCGCCGCCGCCGCCGCCACGGCAGCGGACCAUACCUGAUACAGAACACGACACGACAUUCGCCGUUACAAUAAUCUGGUCGAUGCAUCCAAAUGACUCUUGUGUAUUACGAUAAUUAAUUUUGUGUGUUUAUAUGAGGGAGAAGUCGAAUGCGCCAAAACAAGAUUUCUGAUGUUGAUGUACAUUCCAAUCUGGAAAAGACAUUUUAAGAUUAUUGUGAACAUUUUAGUAGAGACGAUUGUAAUAUUGGUCAUAUUGACAUUAAACUGGUACUCGCAGAAAUAAUUCCAAAUAGGUGUCUAUUCUCAAUUGUUACCGUAGUUUUCAUGAGUAGGCGCGAGCGAGUGUGAUGAAGAUGUUUUCAGGCCACAAGGCUAUUAGUGUGUAGCGUUGUAUUAUAAAUAAAGUGAUAUGCAUCUCAUGUACUUAAUGUAAAUACGGAUUAUCGAUUGAAGAGCUUAGCAUACCGAAUUCACUACCGAUAGUAUACAAUUAGUUAGUACGAUUAUAUUCCUUGUCAUUAAAGACAUCGUAGAUAAAUAAAUAAGUGUCCAGAGUGUUCGUAUAGAUUUAAAAUGUAUUGAUAGUUAAAUAGAUAUUGUGAAUGUAAGUACAUUGUAUUAUUUCUUUUUGUAAAUUUUGCUUUAUUCGAUGUAAUAUAAUUAGUAUUAUUAGUCUGAAAGGAAACGCCGGUUACCAAUAAAAAUAUAACUUGUUGCUUAUUGAAGAAUAUUAUAAAUAUUUUUUUAUAAAUUGUUGGAGAAGUUUUGCGUAACUACUCGAAACCUUAUGUACUACAUGUUGCAUAAAUUAUUUUCUUUUUCGUUUUCGGCAUCGGUCACAGAGACCCGUACUACGAAACCAAGCUCAAAACGUAUGUAAAGAUCCAAGCUUUUUGGUUACAACCAAUUAAAAGGUCGAAUUUAAGCUUGAAUAUGAAUCGAGUUUUGAACGUCGUUUCUGAAUACGGGCAUGAGUUUUAUGUCUGUCGCUGCACCGAUGCCUUCAUUGUUAAGUUUCAAAAUAUUACGCAGAUUAUAUGUAUUUUAUCGUAUGUUUUGAGAUUGUAAAUUAGAAUUUUAAUUCAGAUAAGAGAUUAUUCUGCAUAAUGAUGUAAUCAUGCACUCCAAAUUACUAAAUUUAAGAUAAUGUUUAAAACUGUGAUUUUUUAAUUAAUUUAUUACUGGGCUUCAAUUGGAUCCUUCGACAUGUUUGAUUUUAAAAGUCUCUCAAAGAUUUAUGUUUAUCCUAACGUUCCUUUAAGUAUAGAUAGAUCUCUAUAAUUGUUACGAGUAUAAAGUUUACUAUGCUUUCCAUUGAAUGACUAUGAUGUAUAGACAGACAACAUUGUAAAAGAUUAAAAAGUAUGAUAAAUAUUGUGAGAGAAGUGAAAUAGGUUUUUAUAUUUAGGUGCCUAUUUAUUACUAAUCUUCUAAGUUUCACAACACUUAAUUUCAGAGUCAAUGUUACCUUAAAUAUUACUUGCCAUGCCCCAGGCUUUUUGUGAUGUCCUUUUCGUAGUAUGUAAACAGUGAUCUACAAAAUCUAUUACCAUAAGAUAUUACAUUUCUUUACAAAAGAAUCUUAAAGAUCUUAAACGUUACGCUUCAUUUUUCUGGAGAAGAAAGCAGUUUUUCAGUUUCAAAUACUUCACAAAACAUUCCAUGAUAAGAAAACUCAAUAGUGAGCUUAAUUUAAAACUGAACUUUCCUUAUAAAACUAGUGAGUAAAAUGUGAGAUUACACUUCACACGUCUCAUCCACUUAUUUUAAAACUCCAUCUGCAAAUACA